AUGAAUAGCUGGACCCCUGGACGGUUUAUAGUGGUUAGAUUGAACGGCGUAAUAUAUAUAUAUGUGAGGUGCUGCAAAUACCCGGACCUGCAGCGUAUCAAACGUGAGCUAACGUUGCUGCAGAAGUUGUACGGGUUGUACAACAAUGUGAUUGAGAGCGUGAACGGGUAUUACGACAUCUUGUGGCUCGAACUUGAGAUUGAAAAGAUCAACCAGGAAUUACUGGAUUUCCAAAACAAAUGUCGCAAACUCCCGAAAGCGCUCAAGGAAUGGGAAGCCUUCCUCGACCUUAAGAAGAAAAUUGAUGAUUUUAGUGAAUGUUGUCCCCUGCUUGAAAUGAUGGCUAAUAAGGCAAUGAUGAAUCGGCAUUGGGAACGAAUCGCAAAAAUCACGAGUCAUACUUUCGAUGUUGAAAACGAAAACUUUCAACUUCGUAAUAUUAUGGAAGCUCCAUUGUUGGCAAACAAAGAGGAUAUUGAGGACGUAUGCAUCAGUGCAGUGAAGGAACGCGACAUUGAAGCAAAACUUAAACAAGUGGUUUCUGAUUGGAGUUUGCAAGUUUUCACCUUCUCACAAUUCAAGGCGCGAGGUGAAUUAUUAUUAAAAGGAGCCGACAUUCAGGAGAUAGUUGCGCUUAUGGAGGAUUCAUUGAUGGUGCUCGCUUCACUUAUGAGUAACAGAUACAACGCACCAUUCAAACCCCAGAUCCAAUCGUGGGUUCAUAAAUUAUCAGGAACGACCGAGAUUAUCGAGAAUUGGUUGGUUGUGCAGAACUUGUGGGUCUAUUUAGAAGCUGUGUUUGUGGGUGGAGAUAUUGCUAAGCAGCUUCCCCAGGAAGCGAAGAGGUUCGCAAACAUCGAUAAAUCGUGGCAGAAGAUCAUGCAGAAAGCCCAUGAGACGACAAAUGUUGUUCAGUGUUGCAUGGGGGACGACACGCUCGCACAGCUUCUACCCCAUCUAUUGGAACAACUCGAGAUGUGCCAGAAAUCACUUACGGGUUACCUGGAGAAGAAACGACUCUUGUUUCCAAGAUUUUUCUUUGUAUCCGACCCAGCGUUGCUUGAAAUCCUUGGCCAAGCAAGCGACUCACACACCAUACAGGCCCAUCUGCUGAGUUUGUUCGACAAUGUUUAUAAAGUCGACUUUGACGAGAAAGUUUACGACAAAAUUAUCCGGAUCCGAUCGCAGGAAGACGAGGUGGUUGAUCUGGAGACUCCCGUGAUGGCACAAGGCAACGUUGAGUUAUGGUUGAAAAAUUUGCUGGACACGGUGUUGAACACGAUACACUGCGUUAUAAGAAAGGCAUCGCAAGCCGUCAACGAUUCAGCUUCGUUUAAAUUGAUUGAGUUUGCCAACGUGUUCGCGGCCCAGGUCGGCCAACUUGGGAUCCAAAUGUUGUGGACCAAGGAAGCUGAGGCCACACUCGCUGUCGCUAAGUCCGAUAAAAAGGCAAUGGGAAUAAUGAACCAGAAGUUCCUGGAUAUGUUGAAUGAACUAAUCAACACAACAACAAUGGAACUAACGAAAUAUGAACGGACAAAGUUUGAGACCCUGGUUACUAUUCAUGUUCACCAACGAGAUAUAUUCGAUGAUAUGUGUCGAAUGCACAUCAAGUCACCGACCGACUUUGAAUGGUUGAAACAAUCUCGCUUUUACUUCAUUGACGACACCGACAGAUGUUUGGUUCAAAUAACCGAUGUUGACUUUGAUUAUUGUAACGAAUACACCGGGUGUACAGAGAGAUUGGUCAUCACGCCGUUGACGGACAGAUGUUACAUCACGCUUUCCCAGGCGCUCGGCAUGAGCAUGGGGGGAGCCCCUGCUGGUCCAGCAGGAACGGGGAAGACAGAGACGACCAAGGAUAUGGGGAAGUGUCUGGGGAAGUACGUGGUUGUGUUUAAUUGCUCCGAUCAGAUGGAUUAUAGAGGGUUGGGGAGGAUCUAUAAAGGUUUGGCACAAUCUGGAUCGUGGGGUUGCUUUGAUGAGUUCAACCGUAUCGAGCUCCCCGUGUUAUCGGUAGCCGCGCAACAAAUAGCCAUCGUGCUCCAAUGCAAGAAGAUGAAAAAACCUCAAUUUAUAUUCACGGAUGGUGACGUGGUGGAUCUCGAUCGGGAGUUCGGGAUUUUCCUUACUAUGAAUCCUGGUUACGCUGGUCGACAAGAACUUCCUGAAAACUUGAAGAUUAUUUUCCGUCCGGUUGCGAUGAUGGUUCCUGAUAGAAGCAUCAUCAUUCGUGUGAAGCUAGCCGCGUGCGGUUUCAUCGAAAAUAUUAUUUUAUCCAAGAAGUUUUACACACUCUAUAAACUUUGUGAGGAACAACUCUCCAAACAGGUCCACUACGACUUUGGACUCCGAAACAUCCUCUCCGUCCUCCGAACACUAGGGGGGGUUAAGCGAGCAAACCCCGAGGACCCCGAACCCAUGAUCGUGAUGCGGGUGCUCCGUGAUAUGAACCUCUCCAAACUCGUAGAUGAGGACGAACCUCUCUUCCUCUCACUCAUCAACGAUUUGUUCCCGGGGAUUCAACUUGAUAAAGCUGGAUACCCCGAACUGGAGGCAGCCAUCGAGAAACAGAUAAACGAAGCCGGCCUAAUCAACCACCCCCCCUGGGUGUUGAAGUUGAUCCAGUUGUUUGAAACGCAACGCGUGCGACAUGGGAUGAUGGCGUUGGGACCAAGCGGGGCCGGGAAGACUAAGUGUAUUAAUAUAUUGAUGAAAGCGAUGACUGAUUGCGGGGAACCCCACAGAGAGAUGCGAAUGAACCCGAAAGCGAUCACGGCACCGCAGAUGUUUGGUACGUUGGAUGUCGCAACCAAUGAUUGGACGGACGGGAUAUUUAGCACGCUGUGGAGGAGAAGUCAUAAAGCUAAGAAGGGAGAACACAUAUGGUUGGUCCUCGAUGGGCCGGUUGAUGCCAUCUGGAUCGAGAACCUUAACUCAGUGUUGGACGAUAACAAGACCCUCACCCUCGCUAACGGGGAUCGGAUACCGAUGGCUCCAAAUUGUAAAAUCGUAUUCGAACCUCACAAUAUUGAUAAUGCAUCACCAGCUACAGUGUCCAGGAACGGCAUGGUGUUCAUGAGUUCUUCUGUCCUUGAUUGGCAGCCGAUACUAAAGGGUUGGCUACAAACAUUAUCCCACCAACAAAGCGAUAUUUUGUGGGGAUAUUUCGAAGCCAUAUUCCAGGAUUGUUUGGAUUUCUUGUUUUCCACCUGUUUCCCAAAGAUGGCGUUCCUGGAGUGUAUGUACAUUAGACAAGCCAUCGACCUCCUGCAAGGUUUGAUCCCAUCUCAAGAAGAAGGGAAACAACCAAAUCGGGAACAUCUCGCUCGGUUAUUCUUCUUUAGUUUGAUGUGGUCGGUUGGCGCGAUACUCGAGUUGGACGACCGCGCGAAGUUGGAAACUUUCAUCAAGGGUCACGAAAGCAAGAAUGCUAUACCUCCUAUUAAAGAAGAUGAAACUAUAUUUGAAUAUAUGGUGAAUGAGGAAGGGCAGUGGGAACACUGGGGGGAAAGGGUGCCCCAAUAUAAUUACCCCAAAGACUCGGUACCCGAUUACAUGGGUAUUCUGGUGCCUAACGUUGAUAAUGUGAGGACAGACUUCCUUAUGGACACUAUCAUGCAACAGGAAAAAGGGAUCCUUCUGAUCGGUGAACAAGGAACAGCGAAGACAGUGAUGAUCAAGGGUUACAGCAAGCGAUACGACCCCGAACAACAUUUAAGCAAAGCUCUCAACUUUAGUAGUGCCACAACACCUAACAUGUUCCAGCGAACUAUUGAGAGUUACGUUGACAAGCGAGUCGGAACGACGUACGGACCUCCUGCUGGCAAGAAGAUGACGGUGUUUAUCGAUGACAUCAACAUGCCGGUUGUUAAUAACUGGGGGGACCAGAUAACAAAUGAAAUUGUUCGGCAACUGAUGGCAACCAAAGGAUUCUACAGUAUCGAUAAACCCGGUGAUUUCACUAAUAUUGUGGAUAUUCAGUUUGUGGCUGCGAUGAUCCACCCAGGUGGGGGUAGAAACGACAUCCCCCAGCGAUUGAAACGUCAACUUUGCAUCUUCAAUUGUACUUUACCAUCCAACAACUCCAUCGAUAAAAUAUUCAGCACCAUCGGGGAAGGUUAUUAUUGUAAAGAACGAGGGUUUAAUAACGAGGUCGUUGAAUUAAUUCCCAAACUUGUUCCGCUAACUCGACGAUUAUGGCAAGCCACCAAAGUUAAAAUGUUACCGACUCCAGCCAAGUUUCAUUACAUCUUCAACUUGAGGGAUCUAAGCAGAAUAUGGCAGGGAAUAUUGAACGUUGACCAUGAAGUCGGGUCGAGCGAGGAAACCAUACUUGGGUUGUGGAAGCAUGAGUGCCAUCGUGUGGUGGCCGAUAGGUUUACCAACCAACCAGAUAAAGAUUGGUUCGAUGUGGCGUUGAAUAAGAUACUGGCAGAAACUUUACCGGAACUGAGCUCCAAACUACCGGCCGAACCUUACUUUGUUGAUUUUCUCAGAGAAGCUCCGGAGCCUACAGGUGAGGAAGACGACGCCGACCUCGACGCACCAAAGAUUUACGAACCAAUCGAAUCGUUCGAACAACUGGAGGAAAAGUUGAAAGUUUUCCAAGAACAAUACAACGAGACGAUACGAGGAUCCAAGAUGGAUCUCGUGUUUUUUAAGGACGCGAUGGUUCAUCUCGUAAAGAUCUCUCGAAUCAUCCGAACCCCCCGUGGUAACUGCUUAUUGGUUGGUGUAGGGGGGAGUGGCAAGCAAUCUCUAACACGAUUGGCCACUUACAUAGCAGGGUACCAAAGCUUCCAAAUAACUUUGUCACGAACGUACAAUGUUUCGAACCUUAUCGAUGAUUUGAAGAUAUUGUAUCGGACCACAGGCAAGGAAGGAAAGGGGGUCAGUUUCAUCUUCACCGACAAUGAGAUCAAAGAUGAAGGAUUCCUCGAGUACAUGAACAAUGUAUUGGCAUCGGGAGAGGUAUCCAACUUGUUCGCUCGCGACGAGAUCGACGAAAUCACGCAAGAGUUGAUUCCCGUGAUGAAGGCCGAAUACCCCCGUCGCCCUCCAACCAAUGAAAAUUUAUACGAAUACUUUUUAUCACGAGUCCGCGCGAACCUUCAUGUCGUUCUUUGCUUCUCGCCCGUCGGGGAAAAGUUCCAAAACCGAGCCCUGAAGUUUCCAGCUUUGAUCUCCGGGUGUACCAUGGAUUGGUUCCUACGAUGGCCACGAGACGCCCUUAUACAAGUUGCGCAAUACUUCCUCGAGACUUUCCCCAUGGAAUGUGAGAAGAAUACGAAAGGCAGCACGGUCCAGGUGAUGGGAACAGUUCAAGACAUCGUUGCGGAGAAAUGCGUCGAAUAUUUUGAAAGAUAUCGACGAGCUUGUCACGUCACACCGAAGUCUUAUCUAUCGUUCUUGUCGGGUUACAAAACUAUUUACAAGUCGAAACUUGAUGAGAUCUCGGUUCUAGCCUCGCGCAUGAAAACAGGGUUGCUGAAGUUGGUCGAAGCCGAGAAAUCUGUCAACGAGUUGUCCAAAGAACUCGCUGUAAAAGAGAAAGAUCUCGCUGUGGCUUCUAAAGAAGCUGAUGAGGUGUUGAAAGUCGUCACCACCAAAGCAACGGCUGCUGAGAAAGUGAAAGCCGAGGUUCAGAAAGUUAAAGAUAAAGCUCAACAUAUUGUGGAUUCGAUCGCUGUUGAUAAAAAGUCGGCAGAAGCAAAACUUACGGCUGCAAAACCAGCACUGGAGGCAGCAGAGGCCGCGUUACAGACAAUCAAACCAGCUGACAUCGCUACGGUUCGUAAACUUGGCAAACCCCCUCACCUUAUCAUGCGUAUCAUGGACUGCGUGUUGUUAUUAUUCCAAAAGCGAAUCAACACAGUGGAGAUGGAUCCUGAACGACCGUGCGUCAAACCAUCGUGGGGGGAAGCCCUCAAGAUGAUGAACAACUCAGGAUUCUUACAAUCGCUGCUCAACUUUUCCAAGGACACCAUCACGGAAGAAACUGUUGAAUUGUUAGCCCCAUAUUUGGAAAUGGAUGAUUACAGCUUUGAAUCUGCCAAGAAAGUUUGCGGCAACGUUGCGGGGUUGUGUUCGUGGACGCAAGCUAUGUCGUUCUUCUAUUCAAUCAAUAAGGAGGUGUUGCCGUUAAAGGCGAACCUCGUAAUCCAAGAAGCUCGCUUGGGCAAAGCGAUGUCGGAUCUUAACGACGCGCAAGCCACGUUGGAUGAGAAGGAAGCCGAGUUAAACGAAGUACAAGCUCAAUAUGAUAAAGCGAUCUCGCAUAAACAAGCAUUGAUUGACGACGCUGAGGCUUGUAAGAGGAAGAUGGUGAACGCAAGCGCUCUCAUCGAGGGGUUAGGGGGCGAGAAGAUCCGAUGGACGGCAGCCGGCAAGAUCUUCCAAGACCAGAUCACCAAAUUAGUCGGUGACGUGCUUCUCGCUACGGGUUUCCUAUCGUACUCCGGUCCUUUCAACCAAGACUUUAGGAACCUCCUGCAAAGUUCUUGGAAGAAAGAGAUGGCAACCAACAAGAUUCCUUAUUCUGAUGACAUUAACUUGAUUUCUAUGUUGGUCGACAACGUAACGAUCGCCGAGUGGAACUUGGAGGGCCUCCCCAACGAUGACUUAUCGGUGCAGAAUGGUAUUAUUGUAACACGAGCGACUCGUUACCCGCUGCUUAUCGAUCCACAAGGUCAAGGGAAGAUAUGGGUCCGUAAUAAGGAGAUGGCGAACGAACUUCAGAUCACGACACUAAACCACAAAUACUUCCGCACCCACCUCGAGGACGCGUUGUCCCUCGGACGACCCCUUCUUAUAGAAGACGUGGGCGAGGAAUUAGACCCCGCGCUCGAUAAUGUACUCGAACAAAACUUUAUCAAGUCAGGAUCAACUUUUAAGGUGAAAGUAGGGGACAAGGAAGUUGACGUGAUGAAGGGAUUCAAACUUUACAUAACGACGAAGCUAGCCAACCCCGUGUACACACCUGAGAUAUACGCACGUACAUCCAUCUUUGACUUCACUGUGACCAUGAAGGGGUUGGAGGAUCAACUGCUCGGGAGAGUCAUAUUGACCGAGAAACAGGAACUUGAAUCGGAGCGAGUUGCUUUGAUGGAAGAAGUGACGGCAAACAAACGGAAGAUGAAAGAACUUGAGGAUAAUUUGUUGUUCCGACUUACAUCGACGCAAGGAUCGCUCGUGGAGGAUGAGAGUUUGAUACAAGUGCUACAGACAACCAAAGUAACAGCUGAAGAAGUGAGCGACAAACUGACGAUCGCCGCAGAUACCGAAGUCAAGAUCAACACGGCUCGUGAGGAGUUUCGUCCCGUGGCCACUAGAGGGUCAAUCUUGUAUUUCCUGAUCGUGGAAAUGAGUUUGGUCAAUGUUAUGUACCAGACAUCCCUUCGUCAAUUCCUUCAACUGUUCGACCUCUCCCUCGCCCGAUCUUCCAAAUCCCCAAUCCCGAGCAAGAGAAUCCUCAACAUCAUCGAGUAUCUCACUUACGAGGUGUUCCGAUAUACAUCUCGUGGACUUUAUGAGGAACACAAGUUCCUCUACGUUCUCCUCCUCACAUUGAAGAUCGCUCUCAACACGGAGAGGAUCAGCCAUACUGAGUUUCAAACGUUCAUUAAAGGUGGUGCAAGUCUUGACUUGAACGCAUGCGAACCAAAACCCAAGAAAUGGAUUCUCGACAUGACUUGGUUAAACCUCGUCCAACUAAGUAGGUUGCCACAAUUCUCACAACUGUUGAACCAGAUAAGCAGGAACGAUAAGGGAUGGAAGGCUUGGUUUGACGAGGAAGCCCCAGAGGAAGCCACAAUACCCGAAGGUUACAGUUCAUCACUCGAUACUUUCCGUAAACUCUUGUUGAUACGAGCCUGGUGUCCCGAUCGCAUCACUGCUCAAUCACUUCACUUCAUCGCAUCCACGAUGGGUGAGCGUUACACCGAGGCCGUCCUCCUCGAUUACGAGAAGAUGUUGUUAGAAUCGGAGAAGACAAGCCCCAUGAUAUGUUUCCUAACUAUGGGGUCGGACCCCACCGAUAACAUCGAGCGCUUGGCGAGGGGGAAGGGAAUUCCGUGCCGAGCGAUAUCCAUGGGACAAGGGCAGGAGGUCCACGCACGCAGGUUGUUGACGCAAAGUUUUGGUGACGGGGGUUGGCUGUUGUUGCAGAACUGCCAUCUUGGGUUGGAUUAUAUGGACGAGCUGCUUGAACAGCUACAAACGAACGAAAGCAUCAACGACCAGUUCCGAACUUGGAUAACGGCUGAAGUUCACGCAAAGUUUCCGAUCAAUCUUCUCCAAUCUUCCAUCAAGUACACCAACGAGCCCCCCCAAGGGUGCAAGGCGGGGUUGAAACGAACAUACGCAGCAAUGACGCAGGAAUUCCUUGAUAUUUCGAACAUGCCUCAGUGGAAACCAAUGUUAUUCAACGUUGCGUUUCUUUACACAACAAUACAAGAACGACGUAAGUUCGGCCCCCUUGGUUGGAACAUUCCCUACGAAUACAAUCAAGCUGACUUUAGUACGAGCGUCCAGUUCGUUCAAAACCAUCUCGAUGAUCUCGACAUAAAGAAGGGCGUAUCAUGGAACACAGUUCGUUACAUGUUGGGUGAAAUACAGUUUGGUGGACGAGUCACCGAUGAUCUGGACAAACAUUUGCUUAAUACUUAUUGCAAGGUGUGGUUCGGGGAACAUAUUUUCCACGAUAAAUUCCAAUUUUACAAAGGUUAUACAAUCCCUAAAGGCAAGACCAUUGCUGAGUACCACGCCUAUAUCGAUAAUCUACCACUGGUUGAUUCACCCGAAGUGAUGGGACUUCAUCCUAAUGCUGACAUCACAUAUCAGACAAACUUUGCGAACCUCGCGCUUGGUACGAUUGUUUCGAUUCAACCGAAGGAAUCGAGCGGGGGAAGCGGGGAGACGAGGGAGAGCGUGGUGUUCAAGAUGGCCGACGAAAUGUUGGAGAAACUGCCGGCCAACUUUCUUCCGCAUGAGGUGAAAAGUCGCUUACAAAAGAUGGGGGCCAUCCAACCAAUGAACAUUUUCCUCCGUCAAGAAUUGGAUCGAAUGCAGCGUGUCAUAACUGUGGUUCGUACGACCCUCGUCGACCUCAAACUUGCGAUUGACGGAACGAUCAUCAUGAGUGAGAACCUUAGAGACGCCUUGGACCAAAUGUACGACGCCAGGAUUCCAAGCUUGUGGCAGAAGAUUUCAUGGGAAUGUUCCACCCUGGGUUUCUGGUUCACCGAAUUAUUGGAACGACAUAUCCAGUUUCAUACGUGGAUAUUUGACGGGAGGCCAAACCAGUUCUGGAUGACCGGGUUCUUUAACCCUCAGGGUUUCUUGACAGCCAUGAGACAGGAAGUUACGCGUGCCCACACAGCCAAGGGGUGGGCGUUGGACAGCGUGGUCCUUUAUAAUGAAGUCACAAAGUCGAUGAAAGAAGAUAUAACAUCGCCCCCUCCAGCAGAAAUUGGCGGUGUAUAUGUAUAUGGUUUGUUCCUUGAUGGGGCGGGUUGGGAUCGAAGAAACGUCAAACUUGUUGAACCGCAACCGAAAGUGUUGUUCACAUCGAUGCCGGUGGUUCAUGUUUACGCCAUAAACACGGCAUCGCCGAACAAGGAUGACAAGAAGGGGUCAAUGAACGUCUACCAUUGCCCCGUGUAUAAGAAGCCCCGUCGUACCGACCUUACCUAUGUUUUCCCGCUUUUGCUACGCACGGUGCAAGUGCCCGAACAUUGGACACUAAGGGGCGUCGCUAUUUUAUGCGACACAAAGUAAAAAGUCCAAGGUUUCACAGUUGGGAGGAUUUUUGUAAAAAAUGUAAAUAUUUGAGAUUUAUGAGUGUUUUGUAUUUAAUAUAAAAAUGAUAAAAUAUAUUUUUCAAAUUUUAAUAAGUUUCAUGCGAGUGGUGUUUAUAAUUAAUGUUAGAACAUUUUAAAAUACUAGAAAUGAACUAUUUAUUUUAUUUAAAAAUCUAGAACUUAAAUCUAAGAAUCUAUAUAUUCAUGUUUUACUUUGUUGUUAGCGUUCAGUAUUAUCACUGUGUUAAAAGUAGUGAAAAUAAAAUGUUUGGUUUGAAAUA